AUGGAGUUUUGCUUGGCCCUUGUACUCUCGGCUGCGACCGUCUUACUGUUAGUAGCAGCUGAGGAGCCAUUUGCUUCAAACACGUUAUCGGAGUCAGUAAAUAUUUCGCGCAUAUCACCACGAUCGUUUCCAUCAGAUGUUUGGCGACCUUUAUUAUUGACAACAUGCUUUCCCAGCCUACACCAUGAGUCCGCACCAUGCCGUCGUGUCCCCAACCUGGUUUAUGGGGAGGAACUGCUAUACCAAGACUUUCGUAUACGACUUCCUCAUUUCGUUAACGCUGAACAGAAGCGGAUAUACCUGAAGGUCUUGCACCACUACCGUCACAUUUGGCUUAGGGGGCGCGUGAUAGGUGACUACGCCUACUUCCUCAACCAGCGUGGUCAAAAUCUUAUAUACUCCAACGUGAUGUACGUGGGAAAGCCAGUGCCUGGAAUGUGGGCUGAAGACGCUUGCAUGUCGUACAGCGCAGACAAACACGUCAGCGCCUUCCCACCUUGGAAAGGCAGCGAUACAGCACCCGCCGCUAUCUUCGUGGCAUCGCCCGAUGAUUACUCUUUCCAGCACUUUACCGACAGAGUAGCUAUGAUGCUAGCGCAAACCCGUCACUUGUCCACCAGAGUUGCUGGAGGCUGGAAAUACAUCGUCACUGGGCCUUAUCGGGUGCCGGCUGUUAGCCAGCUCUGGCCCAUGCUGGUGCCUGGGUUUACACCCGAAUCAUUGAUACAUGCGAGGGGGAAACCUGAAAUCCAGACGCGCUUGCUGGUUUACCCCUGCCAGACGCCGCUUAUCCAUCCGUACACCCACCAACUGGCAUCGGAGGUGAUCCAACAGGCGGCAGGGUAUGACCCACGGGUCAUAGAGCCCGUCGGUUCGCGGCCUGUGAUCCUCUUCUUCGCAAGGCGGGGCAGCCGCGCCUGGCAUAACGAGAACGAAUGCAGGUUGGCCAUCGAGCAGCUCAUCGCCGGAAGAAACCGUAACGAACAGCUGGUCACCUUUCAGGCGGAUGCCUAUCCCAAUGCCCGUGACGUUGUGAAAUUGGGCCGUCGCGUAAAGCUCAUGGUGGGCGUUCACGGUGGCGCUUUUUACAACUUGGUAUAUAUGCAGCCGGGGACAGGCAUAGUGGAAGUCUGCCCCGUGGCGCCCGACGGGAAGUCGUCGCGCUGCGGCGCCAUGUUUUGGGAGAUGUCCAAUGUACGAAACAUGCCGUACUGGAGCGUUGUCGCUACCAACGUGACGCACGAUUGGCAAAUACUGACCAUGGACUGCAACUUAGUCGUAUCUGCCGUACGGAACGCGUUGGAGAACAUCGAGAACAUUCCAAGCCCUCUGGAGGCAUUUCAUCAGGGCACUAAGUUCGGUUGA